AUGGGUCGUCGACCCAACCAGUUGAUUCUCGAGUACUUCGAGCGCGGACCGAAGCUGGAAGAUGCAAGCAACCGCUACCAGCACACGUGCAAGUCGUGCGGCGAAAAGUUUCCCAAAGGCCGCAUAGACAGUCUCACGAAUCAUCUCGUCAAGAAAUGUCCCGCUUUACCGCUUCAAGACCGCCAGCGCGCGCUGCUGCAGAUGCACGAGCUGCCACUCCCCGACAAUAUGACGCAGACGGCCACCACCAACGCACCCGGACCGAGCCAGAUGCAGCAUGGCCAGAAGAUGAACCUUCCUUUUGCGCCGUCGAAGCAGCUGUCUGCGCUUGAGACGCUGGCGGAGGUGUCGCGACAACAUCUGGACCUCUCUGGGAAGCGCAUGGCAGAGAAGCAGCCGUCGCAAGCGCACAACCAUGGCAACCACAACCAUAACAACAAUGCGAGCCAUGCAGGGCUUUUGGAAGAGUUCCUGAUACAGGAUGAUCGGCCCGAUGGCUCUGAUAUGGGCGGCCUCUCACACGGGAUGGACAUGUCGCAUCCGCCAGCAAUGCCCUCCAUGUACCAGUUCAAUGGAUCAUUACAUCACUCUCCAACUGCAUCACCACACAUGGGUCAUAUGCCUCUGUCAAGCUCUGGAUCGAUGUCGCACAUGGUUCCGUCUCUCGUCAUGGCAGCAUCAGCAGCGAAUGACCUCAUGCCGCUGUCAAACGGUAUGCCUAUGGAGUCGGACAUGAAUCUCUCAGCACAUGGUAUGCAGGGUAUGUCAGACGGCAAGUUCUUCCAUCCCCAAGGACGAGGACAUUGGCCGAACAUACAGCCCAACUCACUGGACCCGAUGCUACAAGACCAUGGCAAGGAGCAGAUGCACGCGAACGACCAGUUAAAUAAGGGAAUGAGCCAUCAACGACCACUUGCAAUGAGCCCAGGCAACCAGACCCACUUCACCACCGACUUCAGCAUGAACCAGAAGCCGGCCAAGCCCAAGGUCAGGGGACGUUUCACAGACUCCAGACGGAAAGAAGUACAGGAGGUGCGCAAGCGAGGUGCGUGCAUUCGGUGUCGCAUGCUCAAAAAGCCAUGUUCGGGCGACAACCCAUGCAACACCUGCCAAAACGUCGAGAGUGCGCGAUUAUGGAAGCAGCCAUGUAUCAGGACAAGGAUUGCAGAAGAGUUCGGUCUUUACUCUGCAGGUCUUCAUAGCGUGUUAGCAUUCCAUGCAACGAAUCAAGCCAAGGGCCAGAUACGGCUCGAUCAGACUCCAGGGCGCAUAGAAGCAACCCACUUCCCUCAUUCCGGUAUCUUUGCUACUUUCACGCCGUUGAAGUGUCAGCAGACGCAGACAGCGCAAAACGCGGACAUCGAUCCUGCGAUCUUCGCUGGACUAGCUACUCCGGAUCUCGAACUCAUAGACAGUGAUGACGAUGUCAGUGGGAAGCUAGACCACUAUAUCAAAAAGAUGGGUGGCCACUUUGCCGAUACCGAAGACUCGAACUUCAUGAGGAUGACUGUACAGACCGCCAAGAGCGUUGCAUCGUCAAGCGCAGAUGGACUAAUAUCAAAGGCCCUAGAACUCUGGAAUCUCACGCGCGUGCUCACGUCCCGGAACUUUGAAUGGUUUCUCUUUUCAAAUCCCUCGCUCGCGCCUACCAUCACGCCAUCUACAUUGGCACCAGGAGAUAUGGAGGACGCCACUCGCACGCCCAUCACGCCCCUCGAGCACGAAUCUUCCUACAGCCUUAUCACUACACAGCUCAUGGGCGCGACAGAGAAGCGAGCCGCGUGUCUAGCACGCAUCGUAAUGAAUGACCUGGAACGACGCCUCCUCCAGCGUCAACAAGCCAAUCCCUUCGAAACCUUCCUCGUCGCCGUCAUCCUCCUCGCCUGUGUAGAGCGCAUGUGCUGGCUGUUCCGCUCCUGGGAAAUGCCAUCCACCAACCUACCCGCCCCAGAAGCCGACGACGCAUUCAAGCACCCACCCAGUGCUGACAACGAUCUAGCCACAGCUCUACAAUCUACUUCAUCACCGCCAGCCUCUCACCUAGACCUCCCUCCCCACCAAGCGCCCCGUAAUCCUAGAUGGCCGCUCGACAAGUCCCCCUCGCUGCUCUCUCAGCAAGGCGAGAAGUUCAGCGAUAUCCUCAACAUGCUUCUUAAGAUGCGCGGCGUCCCUCCUAAACCCACGCCCCACAGUCCGGAUGGCGUACUCACUGUUUGGAGCGAAGACACGACUGAUAAAGUAAGGGAGUGGUAUGAUGGCAUUGCUGUGACAUUGCAGAUGCUAGAUCAGAAGGCGAAUUCGCGCUUUGUAGGCGAGGAUCCCAAGGAAUGGGAGUUGAAAUUUGUUGGCAAGAUUAUUAGGGGGGACUAA